ACCGAACAGGAAGAAAAGUUAGUCGCUUCUGAUGUUUCUUCCUGCUGUCGCUGAAACGCCAAAGACAGUACGGUUUACAAAUAAGCUUUACUUUUGGACACCGUCGAUAUUUGCUGGAGUGUUGUCUGCUUUCCGACCAUGGUGGAGCCUCCAGCUGGUAACCAGUUUGAAGACAUCCAGUAUGAAGACAUCCAAGUUGAAGCGGCUGUUGGCAGGGGUACCUUUGGCGUUGUCUUCAAAGCGGUAUGGAAAGGGAAGGAUGUGGCAAUCAAGACCAUUGAGAGCGACAGUGAAAGAAAAGCUUUCCUUGUUGAGCUUCGCCAGCUCUCAAGAGUGAAUCACCCAAACAUUGUUAAACUAUAUGGUUCAUGUGACAAUCCUGUCUGUUUGGUGAUGGAAUAUGCUGAAUGUGGCUCUCUAUAUAACCUCUUGCACAGCGCUGAGCCGCAGGCCUCCUAUACAGCCUCCCAUGCUAUGAGCUGGUGUCUGCAGUGUGCCCAGGGGGUUGCUUAUCUGCAUGCCAUGAAACCAAAGGCAUUAAUUCACAGAGAUCUCAAACCACCAAAUUUACUCCUGGUGUCUCAUGGUACUGUCCUGAAGAUUUGCGACUUUGGAACAGCUUGUGACAUCCAAACUUACAUGACCAACAAUAAAGGCAGUGCAGCUUGGAUGGCACCAGAGGUGUUUGAAGGUAGUAACUACAGUGAAAAGUGUGAUGUGUUCAGUUGGGGCAUUAUCCUGUGGGAAGUCCUAACACGGAAAAAACCCUUUGAUGAGAUUGGCGGUUCAGCAUUUUGUAUCAUGUGGGCCGUCCACAGAGGUACAAGACCUCCUUUGAUUAAAGACCUCCCAGUGCCCAUUGAAACGCUGAUGACCCACUGCUGGGACAAAGAGCCAAACCAGAGACCAUCUAUGGAGCAGAUCAAAAACACCAUGAGCAAUCUCAUGAAGUACUUUCCAGGGUCUGAUGAGCCUCUCAGGCUCCCCCAUCAAUCAUCAACCAAUAGAAGUGGCUCGUCCUCUGCCACAAGUACAGGCCCAGACUAUACGAUCAGAAGUAACAAGAGUGAGGAAAACCCAGACGAACGAAACCCAUUUGGCCGAGACGAAACCCUGAAAGGUUUUGAGGCCAGGUUUCCACUCCAGUUCAAACAGUCAAAAACUGCGACAUUGCGAACUGGUCUGUCCAGGGUGUCCGGUGCGGGCAGUCAACCACGACGCUCCCAAAGCCCAACUUCCUGCUCCAGCCCAGUAUUUACGACCGGUCACUCGGAAUUGAGGAUGACGAUUAGCCCCCAAGCAAUGAAUGGUUUAGACGGCUCCAUUCCCAUGGCCUACCUAAAACUGGAUCAUCAGUUACAGCCCUUGACUCCGUGUCCUCACUCCAAAGAGUCAAUGGCUGUGUUUGAGCAGCAUAUCAAGAUGGCUCAGGAAUACAUUCGGGUUCAGUCAGAGAUUGCUGAACUUGUUCGGAGAAAGCAGGAGUUGUUUUCAGAGUUGGAGGAGGGCCAGAGAGAGCACCAGACCUCAUCUCGAGUCAUGCAGGAGCACAGCAAGCUGCUGGAGGACAACAGCAGCCUUUCCGCCUACUGUCAGGGCCUCAGAAAUCAACUGAGUGUGAUAAAGAGCCAAGAUCAACAACAGAGCUAAAGCCACACAGCACGGAUGUACCAGACCCAUUGUAAAUUCAUUCUCUGGUCUCGUGUGAAAUUACUCCAUGAACUGGCCUGGAUUUGGGGACGCGUUGGCCCUGAGAAAAACAGGCAUGCCUCUCAUCAUUGAUAGUGUCUUAGUUUUCACAGCUGACCGUGGGAUCGAUUCUCUCUCAAUAACCGUGUAAUAGUGAGCGUGAAUGAUUGACUGGCAAUCACUUCAGAGUGUCAGCUGGGACAGCCGCCAGCUCCCUGAAACGCUGAACAGGAUGAGCAGUAGCAAGUGGAUCGAACUAAAUGAAGACACCUCAAGAGGAAACCAAUCAAUCCGAUAUUUGACCUCACCCAAAACCCUAAACUAUUUGGGUACAUGUACCAUUUCAAUCUUCAAGUCCUCUCAGACCGUAUUUUUUCACCCACAUCAAAAUGUAGCCACUUGCGGUGUGACGCUGGCCGUAUGUCACAUAGUUCUGGCAUGGUACAGUUAUGGUUGUGGACAUACACUCUACUUGUAACCCUAGUAAUAUAAAAGCCCCGAAGUUGACGUUUGUCGGAAUGAACAGAGACGCAGCUGAUGGUGAAAAGUGUCCGUCUCGAAUUUGUUAGAGGUUAAAUAAUUGAAUACCUUCAGAAGAGUUGUGGGAGAUGGGUGCUAUCAUCAUUGAUGUAGUGGAGAUGGUUUCCCUCACCCCUCUUUCAAACCAUCUGUCAACAAGGGACAAUUUUUUUCUGAUGACAUACGAUACUUUUAAGCGUGCUAAUUUUAACCCCCUUCUCGAAAAUGGGGUUAAGACUGAAACGUAACCUUUACCAAAUAACUUGCUAAGUGCAUCAGUGACCUGCCUCACAGCCAGAUUUGAAAAAUAACAUUCAACAAGUCAAGUCAAGUCAACAGUAUUUAUAGAGCACUUUCAAACAGCCAUCGCUGCAUACAAAGUGCUGUACAUGGAGCAAUUUAACAUACACAAUAAACAGUAAGACAAAUCGGUAAUAAAGGCGGUAGAAAGCACCAAACAGUAAAACCAAGAACAAAUCUAAGUCAUGCUGAGUAUAAUGCCAAAGAAUACAAGUGAGUUUUGAGGAGGGCUUUGAAGAUGGGCAGCGAGGAGGCUUGCCGAAUGUUCAGUGGGAGGUCAUUCCAGAGAGAAGGACCAGCAACAGAAAAGGCUCGAUCCCCUCUGAACCUCAGUUUAGUUCUUGGUACUUCUAAUAAUGUCUGGUCCACAGAACUGAGGCGCCGGGCAGGUGUGUAGGGGCGGAUGAGCUCAGAAAGGUAAGGUGGCGCGAAAUUAUCCUCAGAAUGAGGGUAAUUCAAGCGUGGGGGUUUUUUUCUCCCCCUCUCCCUCCCUUGUGGUUUCUUUCUGACUUUCGGGUUGAGUGAACGCUGGCGCGUUUUGGCUGCCGCUGCUCAACCCGUCUCGUAUUGUUUUGUGUUUUUUGCUAUUGUAAAGUGUCCUUGGGUGUCUUGAAAGGCGCUUAUAAAUAAAAUUUAUUAUUAUUAUAUUAUUAUUCAGAGAUUUGAAAACAAUCUUGAAAAUAACUCUAAAAUGAAUGGGGAGAAAGUGAAGGGAUGCCAGAGUAGGAGUUAUGUGCUCCCUCUUACAAGUACCAGUCAAUCAGCAGCAUUCUGGACCAGCUAAAGGCGCUUAAUGGAGGACUGGCUGACUCCAAAGUAAAGGGCAUUGCAGUAAUCGAGCCGGGAUGUGACAAAGGCAUGAAUUACUGUCUCAAAUUGUUCUUGUGAGAGGAGAGGUUUUAUUUUGGCCAGCUGUCUAAGGUGAAAGAAGGUGGAUUUAACAACGGCACCAAUUUGCCGAUCGAGUUUGAAAUCACUGUCCAGGUUAAGGCCCAAGUUUGAGACUGUUGACUUAAAGAGAGGGGCCCAAGUCUACAGGAUGGAAUAUAGAAGGGCCACUGGGACCAAACAAUAUCACCUCUGUCUUCUUUUCAUUGAAUUUCAAGAAAUUUUGUGCCAUCCAGGUUUUGAUUUCUUCCAGACAGGAUAGGAGUGGCCUUAAUGAGAAGGCGUCUUUCUUGCUCGGUGGGACAUAGAUCUGGCAGUCAACUGCAUAGUGGAAGGGAAUACCAUGUUUCCUUAAGAUGGAACCCAUUGGGAGCAGAUACAGCGAGACCAGCAGAGGUCCCAGAAUUGAGCUCUGUGGAACACCACAUGACAGGGGACCAGUGCGUGACUCAGAGCAGCCAAGGCUGACACAAAAGGUUCUGUCAGAUAGAUAAGACAUAUACCACUCAAGAGAACUGCCGCCAAUGCCCACCAAGUGCUGCAAACGAGUCAGCAGAAUACUGUGAUCUACUGUAUCAAAUGCUACAGUUAAGUCCAAUAAAACUAGACACACGUGGUCACCAGAGUCAAUUGCCAGGAGGAUGUAAUUAGAAACGCAUAACAGGGCUGACUCAGUGCUAUGCAUCAUUUUGAAACCGAACUGGAAGACCUCCAAGAUGUUAUGUUCAUCCAAGAAAAGUUUCAACUGCAUGUGCACCACUUUUUCCAGAAUUUUGGAUAUGAAAGGCAGUUUGGAAAUGGGCCUCAAACUUGACAACACAUCUGGAUCAAGACCAGGUUUCUUGAUCAAGGCUUGGACCACAGCAUGUGUAAACAUUGUUGAAAACAAAUAAAAUUUAUUAUUAUUAUUAUUAUUAUUAUAUCAUUUUUUUCUUUGGGUUUAACCUUUCAUGCCUUGGCUUCCACCGUUUGUUUGUUUUUAUGUCUUACACAUUUUAAUUCAUAUUAAUUAUUGCAAAUGUUCUGUCCCCAUUUGGGGGGUUGUAUUGACCAACCACAACAUUCUGACCAUUUUGGACAGUCAAAUGACGAUUGUCCAAAACAUCCGAGUUCAGUUUUGACUUUGUCAUAAAACGUGAGCAGGGUGGACUUAACAAAAUGUAUAAUGAAACCCUGAGAAACCUAAAUCCAAAACAACCAAAGCCCACAAAACAAGAACCCAAAGUCACAAACAAAAACCCAUGGCAGAAGCAAAACAAGGUGAAAGCAAUACAAACAAAAACAAUGACCCAACACUGAGUGGACGGGCAGGGAGUCCUUUUAGCAGAAAACUACUAAUGACUUAAAGACCAACAGGUGUGCUGCUGUAGGAGGAGCCCUACAGUGCCACCUGUUGGUCACAAACAUCCACCAUGACAGACUUUCGGACAAGAACAAGAACAAACAUGUUUGUUACUGGGUUUGGAGUUUGUAUUGAUGUACUGCAUUAUUUUGAGAACUGUUUGUACUAUUUUGGCUGCAUCAAAAUAUGACACCAUAUUUACUUCUGAAUUUUACUCAAUUGUACAAGUGCUCAUAAUGUUGCACUUGGUCAGUGUUUCAGUUGUUUCGGAAUGGUUGUUAAAAUCUGGGCAAAACGGUGCCUUAUGCCUUAAUUUUAUUGUCACUUUUAUUUUCCAUUUUUCUCCUAUUUUAAAACUAUGUUUUUAUGCCUAAGAAAAAGAGAAAAAAGUCAUGUUUAUGCAGUUGUGAUUCUAUCUGUACAUAAAGAGAUACCAAAAUGCAA